AUGAGCGCUGCGGCAGCACUGGGCGAAGAGGCCCUUAAAUCAUCGAACGCACCCCUGGCGAUCCAGCACUACACCCGCGCCCUGACACAGCUACCCCGCGCCGUCAACUACUAUCUUCAACGCUCAAUCGCCCAUUCCCGUGUGAAGCCCGCAGAUGGUGGACCCAAGUCCAACGCCGCUCUACGCGACGCGGAAAUUGCCUUGGCACUCGCUGUUCAACGCGGCAGGCGUGAGAUGAUUCUCGCAGCGCAGAUGCGCCGCGGUAUCGCCCUCUUCCAGCUUGAACAAUAUGGGGAUGCGAAUUUUAUUUUUGAACUGGUCGAGUCGAAGGCGGCAGAUGAGAGAGCACCCAAGGAUCAAAAUACUUUAGCGACGGCGAUGGGGGGUGGAAGUAAGAAGAAUGGGUAUGAUGCUGAGGCGCCAAUUUGGCUGAUGAAGGUUCGUCGCAAGCUUGGCGAACUUGCCGAGGGCGACCAGAGGGCUGUGGUUUCUGUCGCAGAAUACCCUAGAGAUACCCAUAUUCCGACGGAAGAAGAGUUGGUGGCAGAGUUGAAUGGUCUCGGAAUUGAGAAGUCGACACCGGCAGCGAAUGUGUCGAAGAAGCGAGACAGUCUGCCAACCUCGAGUGCUGCUUCUGCUCCUAGCAAGUCAACAUCUGAAACAACCGCAGAGAAGCCGGCCAUUGGUCCGGCUCCUUCAGACAAAAUUCGCCAUGAAUGGUAUCAAUCGCGUGAUUCCGUCGUUGUGACCCUUUACAUUAAAGGUGUUCCUAAAGAAUCUGUCCAAACUGAGCUACAGGAACAGUCCGUAUCUUUGCAAUUCCCUCUGCCUUCUGGAUCAGAAUACGAUUUCAGCCUUGACCCUCUUUACGGGCCUAUUGACCCGACAACUUCCAAGGCCUCGGUCAUGAGCACAAAGAUCGAAGUCGUUCUAACCAAGAGAACACCGGGCCAAAAGUGGGGUGCCCUGGAAUCAUCGUCUGCCGAUACAACGAAGUUCUCGGAUCGUCCUGCUCUCCCGCCAGCGCCAGCUGCCUCUGGGCCCGCUUACCCGACUUCAUCUCGUCAUGGCGCCAGGGAUUGGGACAAGGUUGCCUCUUCCCUCGAAUCGAAGGGGAAGCAAAAGGUCACGGACAAUGCAGGCGACAAUUCCGACGCGGAGUCGGUUGACUCAGAAUACGGUGGAGAUGCUGUGGAUGGCUUCUUCAAGAAGCUGUACGCCGGCGCCGAUGAUGACACCCGUCGCGCCAUGAUGAAGAGCUUCAUUGAGAGCCAGGGCACAUCGCUCAGCACCAACUGGUCCGAGGUUGGGAGCAAGAACAUGGCGAUGCAUAAGGAUUCGGACUAA